AUGUAUUCUAAUGGAUAUUGGAAUGAUGAACAAUGUCUUGGAUUGGCUUAUCCAAUAUGUGAAAGAGCAGUGGGUUUGACUGGACCUCCACCGACAACACUGAAUUAUGAACCACCAUGUCCCAUGGGUUGGUACAAGUACGAAGAACAAUGUCUGCUGGUUGGGAAAAUCACGAGAGCAUUUAACAGUGCCAGGGAUAACUGCAAAGAUCUCAAUUCAGAUUUAGUGAUCGUCAAGUCAGAGGAGCUAAAUAGCUUUAUAUCAAAUCUUAUAUCCGGGUACGACAACGAUCCGUUCUGGAUUGGACUAUCGGAUAGAAGAAUAAAGGAUGAGUUUUUGUGGGUAGAUGGAACACCACUGGCGGAAGAUGAUUACAGUAACUGGUCCCCUGACGAACCUAAUGAAAGUGAUGGUCUUAAUGAAGAUUGUGUGGAAAUAUACGCUCAUACAGGAAAGUGGAAUGAUGAACAAUGCAUUGCUCCUCAGAAAUACAUAUGCAGCAGACCGACUGUGUUUCAAUCCACUACACCACGUCCAUCAACAACGGCUGACUGUGGAGAUGGUUGGAUGAAAUAUCAAGAUAUUUGUGUGCUCGUUGUCCGCACCAGAUUAACAUUUAACCUUGCCCAGGAGUAUUGCCAGGAUAGACAUGCAAAUCUCAUUAAACUGGAGAGUCAAGAUAUGAACAAUUGGCUGGUUGAUCAACCCUCCAUGGACAACCUUAUAGUCUGGAUUGGACUCUACGAUCGCAUAGAAGACAAUACAUUCAUAUGGAUAGAUGGGACUGAACCAUCAUUUACGAAUUGGGCUCCAGGGAAUCCCAAUAACUAUGAUGGCAUCGGAGAAGAUUGUGUUGAGAUGUACGAAGGAGGGACAUGGAAUGAUGAACAGUGUCUGGCCGCCAAUGCUUUUGUUUGCUCAAAAGGAUCAGAAGAAAUCCCCACAUGUAACAUCAAGGAUGGUUGGGAAUCUUUCGAUGACAAGUGUUACCUAUGGGUAACUGAUACUAAGAACAUGGAUUUUGCUACACAGUAUUGUACCUUGAUGGAUGGAUACAUCAUAUCUAUCAAUUCGGAAGAAGAACAAACGUUUGCUACUUCAAUGCAGCUACGUCAUGCUAACGUGCAGUACUGGAUUGGACUCAGUGAUGAAGGCAACAAAGACACAUUUACAUGGCAAGAUGGGACUGGUAUAACAGACUACGAACAUUGGGAUUUCAAUGAACCUGACCCAGAGAUAUAUCCUGCUUGUGGUAGGAUAAAGGGACCGGACCCGGAUGUAUGGAGUGUGGAUGAUUGUAGUUCGACAAAGAGAUUUAUCUGCGAAAAACCACAAGGUACGUGUGCAGAGGGUUGGAUCCUUCACGGAGGUGAAUGCUAUCAAUUCAACGCCAUAAAGAGAACGUGGAUUGAUGCAAGUUAUUACUGCAGUACUCAAGGGGGAUGGCUUGGUACCAUAUUUGAUGGUGCAGAAAAUACUUUUAUUGCGUCCAAAAUGGGCCGUCUCCAAGACGAAAAUAUUGGCAGAAUGUGGAUUGGAUUCUCAGAUUAUCUCAAUGACAGUAAUUGGCAGUGGGUACAUGAUACCAGAUCUACGUAUGAAAAUUGGAUUGACCAACCCAUCAAUACUCCAGGUCAAGCAGACUGUACCUACCUUGAGACAGCUGACACAUCGGGUGCAUGGAAUCAAAUGUUAUGCGCAUCCUCUGCUGGGUUCCUCUGCAAGAUAAAAGCUGAAUCCACCGUAACACCGGUGACAGAUCCAGAUAAUAUCGGAUCGUGUGAACUUGGUUGGGAUCUGUACAACCAAUGGUGUUACUACUCACCCAGUGAAAAGAAGACAUUCCUAGAUGCCGAAGCAGAGUGUGCAGCUUUAUUUCCAGAAUCACAUCUAGCCAGUAUUCAUUCCAUUGGAGAACAGUCCUUUAUUACAGAACGACUUUACUUCAUCGGCGACUGGACGUGGGUUGGCUUAACAGAUUUAGAAGACGAAAAUAAUUGGAAAUGGACCGAUGGAACUAACAAUCCUAUGGAAAUUACAACAUCCAUGCAGUAG